AUGGGCCUGUGUUUGUCGACGGCGAAUCCGACUCACGAGCAGGAGGCCGGCCCCCCGGUCCCGGGCGCCCUGGUUCCGAGGGACUCGCUCUUCAAAACCCGGGCGUACGACGACGAGCCUGCCCGGGUGUCCGAGCUGCGGUCCCUCCAGAUCCCCUACACCAAGCAGGACGAGCGUUUCGACCAGAUCACCAGGCUGAUGUCCACCAUCUUCCAGGUGCCGCUGUCCAUGAUCACCCUGAUCGACUCGGAGCGCAUGUCCUUCCUCUCUGCCGCGGGCAACGGCUCCGCCCCCCGCUGCGAAGGCUUCUGCGAGUUCGUGCUGGUUCCAGCGCACCCCGUGGCGCACAUCGUGGAGGACACGCUGCGCGACGCGCGGUUCAUGGGGCACGAAAACGUGGCCUCCUCGCCCCACAUCCGCUUCUACGCGGGCGCGCCGCUGGUGGGGUCGCGCGGCUUCCGGUACGGCACGCUCUGUGUCAGCGACUACCGCCCGCGCCGUUUCCCCGCCGAGCUGUACAACACCCUGGUCAACUUUGCCGACCUGGUCGUGCGCGAGAUCGAGCGCCCCCUGCCUCUGCCCUCGCCGGGCGUGGCGCCGCUGCCGCGCCCCGACCUGGCCCGCCGCGAUGCGGUGGCGCUGCUGGACACCUCCCAGGCGGGGCGUUGGGUGGUCAAGUACGUGAAUGAGGCCUGGGUGGGCACGCUGGGCGGGCGGCCCGAGGCCUGGCUGGAUGCGGCGCUGCAGGACGCCUGCGUCGUCGAGUGCGGCGGGGGCGGGCCCGAGGCGGCGCUGGAGCGGGGCGAGGCGCUGGGCGUGGCGCUGCGCUGCGCGCGCGGCCCCGCCGGCGCCGCGCCCUUUGCCGCCUCGCUGCGCCCCGCGUCGCGGGACCGCCUGCUGCGCAGCAACACCACCUGCAUCCCCAGCUUCGUCAGGAGCCUGGGCGGGGAGGCCGGGCCCGCCGCCCGCCCCCGCCUCCCCCUCUGGUUCCUGGUGUUUGACCCCGAGGACGCCGCGGCCUCCGGGCCGGCGCACCGCGCGGCGGCCGGCGCCGGCGCUGCGCCGGCGGGGCCGGGCGCGCUGGCCGAGCCGCGCCCCGCUGACCUGGCGGACCGCCUGACGCUGGGCGCGCCGCUGGGCGCGGGGUCCUUCGGCCGCGUGUACCGCGGCGCGCUGCAGGGCCGCCCCGUGGCGGUCAAGGUACUGCCCGUCUCCGACGAGGCCAGCCGCGCACUGGGCCUGGCCGAGGCGGCGGUGGGGCGCCGCCUGGACCACCCCGCGCUGGUGCGCACGCUGGAGUGCAGCGUGGCGGAGGGCGCGGGCGAGGCCGACCCCAGCGUCUGGAUCGUUCAGGAGUUCUGCGACGGCGGGACCCUGUACGACGCCAUCGACAGGGGCUGGCUGCGGCAGGGGUACGAUGGCUUUGCUCCGGCCGACGUGCGGGCCGUGCUGCGGACGCUGUGCGAGGUGGCGUCGGCCCUGGCGCACCUGCACGCCCUGGGCGUCGUGCACGGCGACCUCACGGGGUCAAACGUGCUCCUCUGCUCCGCGGCGCGCGCGCCCGACGACGGCCGGGGCUGGCACGCCAAGGUGUCCGACUUUGGGCUGGCGCGGGAGCUGCCGGCGGGCGGGGUGCUGUCCAACGUCCGCAUCUACGGCACCGUCAGCCACAUGCCCCCGGAGGUCCUCAUGUCCGGUCACCUGACCCUGUCCGCCGACGUGUACGCGCUGGGCGUGCUGCUGUACGAGAUGUACGAGGGCGCGCGUGCCUGGAAGGGCAUGCGCGCCAGCCAGGUGUUGUACCAGGUCGCCACCCAGGGCAGGGGCCUGGAGCCCUCCCCAUGGGCCCAGGGCGACGCGCUUGGGGCCGACGUCCAGGCCCUGAUGCGCGAGUGCCUGGCGCCCAGCCCGCGGGCCAGGCCCAGCGCGCGACAGGUGCUGGCCCGGAGCGAGGCCCUGCUGCGUGGGAUGUCGGCGGGGGGCGUUGAGCCGCUGCCCGAGGCGGUCCCUCCCCUGGCUGCACACCAGACAGACCCAGACUUCCAGCUGGACUGGACGCCCUGCCUUGCGAGCAUGCCGGACCAGGUAGAGGCGGCCGAGGACCCCAACGUCCUAGCAGUGGCUGCGUGA